UCCUGCUGCCAUCAGCACACACACACACAAAACCUGCCCCGACAACUGCCCUGGGAUUAACACGCUGUUGGCGAGUGCAAAUGGACCUUCGCUGGGCUUUGAUAAUUAUGCCGAAUGGAACAUUUGAGAUAAAUUGAGCUGUAAAUGUGUCGGCAUCAGAGAGCUCAGUAUGAAGAAGUCGGGCCGGCAAGCAGCAAGUAAGGUCAGCGGGGAUCGAGGGAAGCCCGAGGCGGUGGCCACCGCUGGCACCGGGAAAUCUUCCUCCAAAAGUCUCAUCACUGCCCCUCUGCCUAAGGUGAAAAGCAAUGACGAUCUUUUAGCAGCCAUGGCUGGAGGAAAUCCUGCAACAAAUAAUACCGUCACUAAGACUAAGAAGACUGCCUCUAUUGGGACCAGUGCUAGCAACGUAGAUGGCAAACCAAAGACAACAUCAGGAACUUUAUCCAAACGUGCGACAUCAACAACUUCCAAGGAUUCAAAUUCUGUGCGAGACCGUCUCCGAUCGUCCAGGACGUCGGCUGCUAAAAAACAGCAGGCGUCAGGGACCGCGGCAGGAGAUGCGGCGUCAGGAAAACGCUCCCGGAACCAAGUCCAAUCCGAGUCGGAGGGCCGCAUGAGCAAAUCUAAAUCAGACGGACAGAUCAGUGACAAGGUGGCUCUGGAAGCCAAAGUGAAAGACCUGCUUGGUUUGGCGAAAAGCAAAGACGUAGAGAUCAUCCACCUCCGCGGUGAGCUGAGGGACAUGAGGGCCCAGCUGGGCCUGGGCGGGAAGGACGGGUCGCUGCAGGAAGUUACCGGGCAGGAGGAGAAGCCGCAGGUUUCAGCCAUCACAGCGGCCGAUGUGGAGUCGACUCUGAUCCUCUUGCAGGAGCAGAAUCAGGCCAUCAGAGACGAGCUCAACCUCCUUAAGAGCGAGAACCGCAUGCUGAAAGACCGACUCAACGCGCUGGGCUUCUCUCUGGAGCAGAGGCUCGACGGUUCCGAUAAGCUGUUCAACUACCUCUCCCUGAGCCCGGACCUGACGACGGGUCCACACAGCGAGAGCGGCUGCACGGGAACUCUGACGUCUUCGGUGGAGGGCUCCGCCCCCGGCUCGCUGGAGGAUCUGCUCACGGGACACCAGCAUGGAGGCUCGGCAGACAACCUGGACAGCGAAUCCAGCGAGGUUUACCAGGCCGUCACCUCGAGCGACGACGCUCUGGACGCCCCCUCCGGGGCUUCCUCGUCUUCGGAGUCGGAGUGUGCGCCGAGCACAGAGCGAUCGAGGAGAGGCAGCAGCGGCAACGCGAGCGAGGUGGCGGUGGCUUGUCUGACGGAGCGCAUCCACCAGAUGGAGGAGAACCAGCACAGCACGGCCGAGGAGCUCCAGGCCACGCUACAGGAGCUGGCUGACCUGCAGCAAAUAACCCAGGAGCUGAACGGUGAGAACGAGCGUCUCGGCGAGGAGAAAGUCAUCCUCAUGGACUCCUUGUGCCAGCAGAGCGACAAGUUGGAACUGUACGGCCGACAGAUUGAAUACCUGCGCUCGCUGCUUGAUGAGCAUCACAUCGCCUAUGUGCUGGAGGAGGAUAUCAAAAGCGGGCGCUACAUGGAACUGGAGCAGCGCUACGGGGAGCUGGCAGAUAAUGCCCGCUUUGAGAGAGAGCAGCUGCUGGGAGUGCAACAACAUCUGUCCAACACGCUGAAGAUGGCAGAGCAGGACAACGCAGAGGCCCAGGAGGUGAUCGGAGCGCUGAAGGAGAGGAACCACCAGAUGGAGCGCAUCUUGGAGUCGGAGAGACAGGAUCGAGCUGCCAUGGCAGCGGCGCUGGGAGAGUACAAGGCAGCGGUGAGCAGCGACCAGGCGGAACUGAACCGCUGCAGAGCCCAGCUGGACCAGGAGAGACAGAAGGUUGCCGAGCUGUACUCCCUCCACACCGCAGGGGACAAGAAUGACAUCUGCCAGCUGCUGGAGGGGGUGCGGCUGGGCAAAGAGGAGGCCGAGGCCAAGGCCGCAAAGAUGCAGCAAGAGCUGGAACAAGCCCACAGUGGACUCAACCGUCUGCAGGAGACAUUCAGCAAGCUGGACAGGGAGUACAGAGACUUCCAGGAGCAGGUGCAGCAGCAAAUGUCCGAGCAGGAGCGCGCGCUGGAGAAGCAGCGCGUUGAGCUGCAGGAGAAAGAGACGGAGAUCGCAGACAUGAAGGAAACCAUCUUUGAGCUGGAAGACGAAGUGGAGCAGCACCGAGCGCUAAAACUCCACGACAACCUUAUUAUAACCGACCUUGAGAACUCAGUGAAAAAGCUCCAGGACCAAAAACAUGACAUGGAGAGAGAGAUUAAAAUUCUUCACCGCCGACUGAGGGAGGAGUCUAUGGAGUGGCGUCAGUUCCAGGCUGAUCUGCAAACGGCUGUUGUCAUUGCUAAUGACAUCAAGUCGGAAGCGCAAGAAGAGAUAGGCGACCUGCGGCGCCGGCUGCAGGAAGCCCAGGAGAAGAACGAGAAGCUGACGAAGGAGCUGGACGAGGUCAAGAGCCGCAAGCAGGACGAGGAGAGAGGCAGAGUGUACAACUACAUGAAUGCAGUGGAGAGGGAUCUGGCGGCCCUCAGACAGGGAAUGGGUCUCAGCAGGCGCUCGUCCACCUCAUCAGAGCCCUCCCCCACGGUGAAAACGCUCAUCAAGAGCUUCGAUAGCGCCUCACAAGAUCCUUUCCUAACAGUGUCUUUUAACACGGAAGCAACUUCGCUGAUUCAAGCGGGACAGAACCAAGAGAAAAUAACCGGUCCCUCCCCGAAUGGAGCCGCCGUGGCUCCAACAGCUUCAGCUUCUCCGUUACCACGAACCCCCCUCAGUCCCAGCCCCAUGAAGACGCCCCCGGCAGCUGCAGUUUCACCUAUACAGAGACACUCCAUAUCUGGGUCUAUAUCAGCGGCCAAGCCCCUGUCAUCCCUGAGUGACAAGAGGCCCAGCUACACGGAUAUGUCCAUGCCAGCUGAGCACCUUCUCAGGGGAACCUCAGCGACCCGGCCGCCGCCUGCCCUCCAGAGGGUUUCCAACAUGGACUCCGCCAAAGCCAUUUCAGUGUCACGCAGGAGCAGUGAGGAGAUCAAGAGGGACAUGUCUGCUGCAGAUGGAGGCUCCUCGUCCUCCCUGAUGGCUCUGAGUGCAGCCUCUUCCCCGCUGUCUCUGUCCUCGUCCUCCCCCACGGCCUCCAUCACCCCCACAACACGCAGUCGCCUCAGAGAGGAGAGAAAGGACCCGCUAUCUGCACUAUCCAGGGAGUAUGGCGGCUCCAAGAGGAAUGCUUUGUUGAAGUGGUGCCAAAAGAAGACCGAAGGCUAUCAGAACAUUGACAUCACUAACUUCAGCAGCAGCUGGAACGAUGGCCUUGCCUUCUGCGCGUUGCUCCACACCUAUCUACCCGCACACAUCCCUUACCACGAGCUCACCAGCCAAGAUAAGAGGAGGAACUUCACCUUAGCGUUCCAGGCUGCAGAGAGCGUCGGCAUCAAAUGCACUUUGGACAUUAAUGAGAUGGUGCACACAGAGAGGCCGGACUGGCAAAGCGUCAUGACGUAUGUUACAGCCAUCUACAAGUACUUUGAGACCUGACUGCACCGAGUGGCUCACCCUGCACCCGCAGCACAAUCAGAGCCGCGUCGACCUUCCCGGGCUCUCGACGACCUGUCAGUCCCACCAUCAACUGUCUUACCUCACUGCCCCCCCCCCCUCACAUCACAGCAACACCUGGUCACGCUGCAUGUCUGAACGGUGAACGGCAGACCUGAACUUCAACGGACAUGCACACGGCUGUUCAUACGUUUACUGUUACACUAAAAAGCCGUGAGAAGCGGCUGGUGAGCACCUGGUCAGCCGAGGACACGCUGACCUGCGGUGAGAUCCUGUGGAUCGUCUCGACCUUCAGCUCAUGUCUGAGGAAGCUACGUGAGAAAGAAACCAAGUCUCAGUGCCUUCAAUCUGGCUUCUGUCCCACACACAUUUCUCCACAUCCUACUAUGUUUCCAGGAUGUUGCGGUCUGUUGAAGGGGAAUUCGUUCAAAUCUGACUUUAAUCAGGUUUCUUUGCAGAAAAACGUUUAAUCAAUCGUCUGUCUUUUUCUUUUUCUUUUUUGACUGAAUAUUUAUUGGAUCUGUUCCACUUCACGUUCUGUUUUUACACAAUAACCAAAGGCUAGUAAUGUUGGAAAUCCCUCAUGGCCCCAACAACUCCCUCUGAACGCGCUUCAGACAGACCGGGCCUCUUCUGUUGUUCUUAGUUUUUUUUUUUUGUGUUUUGUUGCACCGAGUUUUCCAGACCCAACAGUAUGAUCCAGAUGCCUUUUUCAACAGAUAAAGUGCCUGUGAGUUUGAUGCAGGGGAGGACCAGGAAAUGAGCUCUGUGACCGCAGUUUGUGAAGCUGAAGAUUUAACGUGUUGCCAAAUAUGUCUCGGAGUCAUUUGAUUGGCAACUUCGCCAGACAAGCUGAUGCUUUUCAAGCACAAACGCCUGUUAGAUUCAUUACACGUUAACACGCUAAAAAACACUAACAGCCUUUGAUAGGUUUUCACUAAUCAUUUUUAUAAAGGUGGACUAAUGUUCAUGUGGUGUGUGUGAAGCCCUGAAUGCUUGAGUUAACUGUAUAAAUGCAUAUGAUUGCGUUUAGUAGGGCUUUGUUUGCCAACUUGCAUUUCGACUUCUCUCAUUUGGCACAUAGAGCCCACAGCAAUAUUUAAACAUUACCUAGAUGCGAGUGAGCAGGAUGGAGUCUUUAGUGAAAUGGAUUUCCCCGUAAAAGAUGAGCUCUGGUUAGACCAGAGAGGCUGGUGGCGUGAAAAGAAACGUCGGUUUCUCAACCUCAGAUCUCUGGUUUCCCCCAGCAGAGCGGCCGUCGUAGGUCCAGACGCAGGCGUUAAGUAGGCCAGUGCCAUUUAAAGUUUGCUGUUUUGACAUUUUGGGUAUUUGUUCUCUUUCCUGCCAAGAGCUGGAUGGGAUGUAAACAUAACUUCUUUGUUUUGAUCAAUGCGCGUCUCAGGCCUGACGCGGAUUAGAUUUUAGCAUCAAUCCUGGAAAGAAACAAGAAGUAAAGUAUUCUGACUCUUGUCCAGGGUAGUAAAGUACGCAUACCACCACCCCUCAUGAUUAAUACAACGUUAUAUCUCAUUUAUGUGAAUGCCACAUCUUGGGGUUUUUACGAGCGACUGUUUUUCUUGGACUGAAUCUGUGGCUUCUUAGAAGCUCCCUCAAAGUUUUUGUGCAGAUUAAGCCAUUUAUUAAUUAGCGCAGCAUCGCGGCCGAGCAGAGCUGGAGCCCUCCAGAUUUAAUGAACGGUCCCUACAUCUGGCUGUAGCUUCAUAUUUAGCAUUGAGACAAAGGUAUAGUCUUGAUCUCCUUGUAUAACCUCCAAAAAAAGGUAAAUUAGCAUGAUUCCCAAAAUGUCAAACGUGAAACAUCUGCAAACUUUGCAAAGCUAUUUUGCAUAUUAAUGAUAACUGGAUUCUGCGUCUGACUUAUAUAAUAUUGUGCAUUCUUUGCGGGAUGACACAGGUUUUUUUUUUUAAAUAUACAAUUAAACAUCACUAGAGAUGAGUUGUAGCACAAUAAAAGAAGCUAUUAGCUAGAUUCAGUCUGCGUCUUUACUGUUAAAGCUCUCCAACUGCUGUGUGUUGAUCGGGGCUCAACAUUGCGAGAUCUCUGUAUUUAUUUGCAUAGUUUCCGUGAGGUCACUGCUAUUUUAGUGUCUUGAGUGUCUAUGAAUUUAUUGCACACACAGUAAGUAGCUGCACUGAGAUAAGCUGUUUUGUAUACCACACUAAUUUCUUGCCUUAAGAGUUUAGCUGACGGCUUCUGCAACUGAAAAUGUGACAUUUGAAACAGCGGUAGGCGGUCCCUAGCAGGCACCUGGAGCCCUUUUCUAAAACCAGGUCCUUCUCGUCUCUGCCCCUGAAGGAAGAUUAAAAGCGACGGGCAUGGAAGCUGUAGUUGAUCUCCCUUAUGUGUCUCGUGAAGGCGAAUAAACACUUUUGAUUGGGGUCUGGCGAAGCUACCAGCUGGUAUCGGUAGCAGAUCCAGAGGCCUCCGCCUCUCCACAAGUGUGUACAUCUGCAUUAAACGCUCAGUGAUUUAAAGUUUGCACAGGAGCCUGCAACAAUAACAGUUUCUGUUUUGUGUACACGAAGGAGGUUUUGCGAUGCCACAAUGCUGAAGAUCGUCACCCAGCAGUCUCGGGUUUAAUUACACCUCUGGCCCAAGUGUUUUAUUGCUCCCCGACAGGAACCUCCAGGAGAUGCAGAGGCAGAUUUGAAGCCUUGCGAUCCUUGAAGCGGAAUGUGUUUUGAUCACGCUUUAGUGAUCCCUGGGACUCUUUUACGAGGUCCAACAUGUGCUGAUGUGGAGUGAUUGAUGGAGGCCGAGCCCAGCCGGCUGCGGAGAGACCAGAUGGCUGACAAAAGCUAGGAAGCACAUUCCUCCUCCACAUGAUGCAGCCAGGAUGGACAUGUUACAUAGUUUGGGGACCUACGCCUUCCAGGUCUACGGCUUUAGAUCAACAAGCCUAGCAAAUGUGAAUAGCUCUCUAUAUCAUGCCACAUUUAUUUGACUUUUUUUUCUCCUUUACUUGAAUAUACUAAAAAAAGUUCCUCUGAACUGGUUGCCUUUUUUUUAUUUUAUUAUUAUGUUUUCUUCAAACAGAACAAAAUGUUGCAGAUUUGCCUGUGAGAACGUCUCAAUCACACUCCAUGCAGCGUUGAAACGACCCCCUGGCAAAGCAAAAGCUAAAUAUAUACAGUAUAUAACUGUGUUUGUGUGUAAAAGGCACUGAGCUGCAGUAUUAUUAAGGGCACACUAUGUUGAUAAUCAGUUGUAAGAAAAUGUUGUCUGGUGGUUUUAUGUUGCUUUAUUGUUUUUCUGGCAACACCAGAAGUUAUAAAGAACCAUUG